UACAAUUAAGCACAGUGGUUAGUAUAGUCUUUUUAUGUCAAGUAAUGUGUUGAAAGUAACUACCAUCGAAUUCUAAAUGGAAUUGUUAGCCUGAUUUUAAAACGUUAUAUGUUCCAAGUAAUUUAGAUCACAAUUAUAAUUUUGUAACAUAAAUACAUUAAAAGACAUCCAUUGAAUAUCAUUGUAUAAUCAAUCUCUGUUGGUUGGUAAAUUAUAGCGUUGACUUAUAACCUGAUAAUUAAACAGCAUUGAUUCUUAUUAAAUAAAAAUAUACAAAAAAAGCAGAAAAAAAAAAUUGACUUCUGAAGUCGUGGUUAAAAAGUAGGUUAAAAAGCAUUUGAGAGAUCAAGUCCUAAUGUAUAAAGUUUGAGUUAUCAAGUCCUGAGGUUUCUACAAAAAAAAUGGGAAAUGGUCUAUUUAGCAGCUUAGUUAAAACAGAAGUGUCUAGAAAUGAAUUGGCUUCUGAUGAAUUUAUUUCAAAAUGUUGUGGUGAAACAAGCUAUAAUAUUGGAAGUGAUUGGUUGCGAUGGGGAAGACACCUCGGUCUAAGUGAUUCAGAUCUUGAUAACAUUGGCUCUGAUAACAAAAAUUGUUAUGAAAAAGCUGAUAAUGUUUUUAAAAAAUGGAAACAAAAAGUUGGAAAUCCUUCAUGGGAGCAAUUAAAAAAAGAAUUAAUGGCUUUCAAUCGAUUAGAUAUUGUGAUUAAAAUUGAAACAAAAUUUGGAGAGAUUUCAAGUUCACCAAACAAAGAUAUCACUGAUUCUUCCAAUAAAGAUUUGUUGAGGAUGUCGACUGAACUUAAAAAUUUUUAUCUUGAAUAUUAUGGGAAAAUAGGUGAACCUCAACCACUAAUAAAAGCAUCUGCAGACGUUGAUCUUAUACAAAAAUUUGUUGAUCUCUGUAUCGUUGAUGCAGUAAAUGCUCAAUUGGAACGCUCAGUGGAUGCUGUUUUUAGUGUUGAACGAAAGAAAUUUCUUGAAAAGCAGGUGCUUUAUACACCAAUUUCAUAUAGCGAAAUAUUUUUGAAAGAAAAAACAGUAAUAUUAAUAUCUGGAAUAGCUGGUAUUGGAAAAACAUGGUUGCUUAGAAAAUGUUUGCUUGAUUGGUCAAAUAGUUUAAUUUGGAAAAAUGUUGAACUUGUUUUUUAUUUUGAAUGCAGGAUACUCAAUUCAUAUGCAAAUAUUUCAAAUAUAAAUGAAUUAUUAAAUAUUUUCUACAAGGAUAUUGUAAAGGAUUUUAAAUUUAGUAGUCACACUGCACUGUUUAUAAUUGAUGGAUUUGAUGAGUUUAAAUAUUUCAAUGAGUUAUUAAAUCCAAGUUUGACUAACACUCCGAUUGUUAAAGUUUUACGAGAAAUUCAAAAAUACAAACAUAUAAUUGCUGGUAGAGUUUAUGCAAUUGAUCAAUACCAAAGUAUAUCUACAAAACAUAGUGAUAAGUUGACCAUUCAAAUAAUGGGAUUUAAUGAAAAUGGAAUAAAUGAUUAUGUAAAAAAUCAUGUUGUGAAAGGGAAAAAAAAAAUUGUAGAAACAACUUUAAAGGAGUCUCCCAUUGCAAAAGCCAUGGCAUCUGUUCCAUUUUAUUUAUCAUCAAUGUGUAAAAUUAUUAGUGAUUCACAAAAAACAGAUUUAAAUUUUUUCUUAACAAUGACAGAUUUGUAUGCUAAUAUUUUUUUAUAUUUUUUGCGAGAACACAUCAUUAAAAUCAAUAAAAUGAUUUAUGAGAUAAUGGAAGAUAGUUCCAAUAAAAAUAUGAUUUUAAAUAUUUGUAAAAUUGCAUAUAAAUUAUUUGUUGAAAAUAAAAUUAUAUUUUCCGAAGAAGAAAUUCAAGACUUUUAUAGUGACUUUGACAGAAAUGAAGGUAAUUUUUUUGGAUUUAUAGAAAGGAUUAAAACUGAUCUUGGUUGUUAUUAUCAGUUUGUGCAUUUGACAAUAAUGGAGUUUUGUGCAUCUGUUUAUGCAUAUAAUUGUUUAAGUAGUGAUGAGAUUAUGGCCAAUGAGAAGCUGAAGAGUUGUUUAUCAAUGAUUUGUGGAUUAUCCAAUAAAAACAAAAAUAGUCUAUUAAAGUUUCUUGUUAACCUAGCUCCUUCAAAAAAAUGCAAUGAAAAAUCAUCACUCUUGUUUUUUAUUUUGGAUCGUCUAAGUAAAAGGGAUGGCUUUGAAGAUUGCCGUGAUUUAUUCAAUGAAUGUUUUUAUGAAAGUCAAUCUUCAUUUAAUGAUGAAAUUAAAUCAAUUGUUAAUAAACGAGUAAAGUGGUGGAUUUCGAUUAAGGAUGGAGAAACUUCUUACUUAACUUCUUGCAAAAAUUAUUUCAUAAAUCAUUACGUAAAAUCUGGAAGAAAGUUAUCGUGGUUAAGUGUUUAUAAAAAUAUUUUAAGUGAUGAAGAAAAAAAACUUUUAAUACAAUGUUCAACUAAUGUUCGCGAAGUCAACUUUGAUCGUCCAAUUAAUUUCGAAGGAUGGAAACCGAAAGAUAAGAUUGAAGUGUUGAAUAUAUGGAUCUCACAUUAUUUAAUAACAAAAAAAGAUUUUGAAGAAAAUUUUCUUCCGUGGAUUAAUCUUUGUAAAGAAUUAAAACUUGAACUUCACAAAGACAUUGAUUUUGUUAAAAAAAUUUAUGAAUGGAUUCGUUGUUCGAAUGUCAAGAGGUUUAGUAUCUGGUACCGUGGAAAUUAUUUUAAUAACCUCGAUGAAUUUAAAAGCUUUACAACACGAUAAAAUAUUUAAUACCUUAAAUUUAUAAAUAAAAACAAUAAUUAUAAAUAA